AUGAUAUACGAGUAAUACAAUGCAAUGCAAUGAGUGUUUGAUAUGUUGUUUACAUUGAUUGUUAUGAAUCACAUGAAUGACUGUAAUAUUGAUAUUAAGUGCAAACUAUGUGUUCAUUAAUUUUGAACAUUUAAUUGUCAAUCAUUUGGUUAUUGUAUUGAAUUAUUUUGAAUACAAUAAAACAAUUUGAUAUAUAAAUGGAGACAAUAUUUCACGAGAAGGUUGUAAUUGGUUUGUAAAGACAUGACUAAUGAUAAUUGAUGUCCAAAUGUGUUGUCCUCCACAGCAAGAGGGCCUACUCUGUGCUCAACACUGUCUCAAUGCUUUACUUCAGGGCGAGUACUUCACGGCCGUAGACUUGGCUCAGUUGGCCCAACAAAUUGAUGAACAAGAGAGACACCAAAUGGCUGAGGGAGGAGAAAACCGGGAGGAAUACCGAAGAUUUAUUCAGUCGCCAUCCGAUAAUAUGGAUGACUCGGGUUUCUUCUCAGUUCAAGUGAUAGCUAGUGCUCUAAGAGUUUGGUCAUUAGAUUUAAUUGCAUUCAAUAGCACCUGUGAUGUAGCCAUUGCUGCUCAAACUGAUCCCACGAGACAAAAGGCAUACAUUUGUAAUUAUAGAGAGCAUUGGUUUACAGUCCGAAAGAUUGGUCGGCAAUGGUUUAACUUAAACUCAUUACUCUCGGGACCGGAACUUAUAUCAGACACUUACUUAUCACUAUUUUUAGCUCAACUUCAAACUGAAGGCUAUGCCAUCUUCAUCGUCAGUGGUAUACUUCCGUCUUGUACUGCCGAUACUGCUUUAGCCGAUCGUUUAGUCACUCAACUAGAAAAACCUCGCCUUUUGACUGAACCUUCAAAAACUAAAUCUAAAACUAACAAAAACAAUGAAAUUAUUGGUAAUGAAGACGAAGAUAAACAAAUGAUAGCAGCAAUGAAAAUGAGUAUUGAAUACAAUGAAGAAACUGAGAGAAAACAACUCGAGGCCGCACUUGCACUGAGUCUGGAACCAACUUCAAGCACAACCAACAAUAGUAGCCAAAUGAUGAGUGAAGAAGAAAUGUUAGAUACGGCCAUAAAGAUGUCUCUCCAGGCCUUAUAAUAUUACCGGUACUUUUGUGGUACUAAUUAUUAAUUUACUAUUUAUUGAAUUAACAAAUAAUUUAUCCAAAAAAAUGGUUGCCUUUUGGAUGGUUUGACAAUAUAUUAUCAAUUGUUUGAACCAAACCAGUGGUUAAGUUAACAACUAUUAUAUCACUUGACUCUACGUUGUGUUGGCACUAAUCUAUAGAUC